AUGCCUAAACACGAUUCCAUUUCGCUGGCCGAUUACGACUUGGAAUCCGGGGAAGAAGACUAUGCGUUUGCCAAUUAUGACAACGAUCGUUUCGCUGAUGAGAUGGACGAACUGGAACGCGAGCGAGAUGGCGAGGCUUCGACAGCCAAAGAUGCUGCUGCGAAGACCGUCGAUCGGAAAGAUGGAAAGACAGAGGAAGCUGCGGAGAAGAAGCCUAAACGAGUCAUGGGGCCGCCUGUUAAGUUGGACCCUGUGUGGACCGCCGGGACUGCCGGCGCUGGUGAAGGAUUUCGAGAACAUCAAGUGGCGUCCCAACGGAUGCGACGUGCGAGCAAAGAAAAUCUACAAAUUUUGAUGAGGAAAAUGGAAGCGUGGGCGCACAGCAUGUAUCCCAAGGCUCGCUUUGAUGACACGCUGGAAAAGAUCAAACAUAUUGGAAGCAAAGCCAAAGUUAAGGCUGGUUCGGGACUUCCGGUGCUUCCCGAGGAUUGCGUGGGGGCUGACUUAAUCGAAACGGACACUCCUAGUAAAAAUACGGGAAACGUUGCGGCUAACCCUAGGAUUUCUAAUAAUGCUAAAGACGAGGAUUUCGCUUGGUUUGAACAAAUGAUGGCGGAUUCUGACGCACUGGCGCAAGCACAGAUGCUUUCCUCGCUACCACUCGUGAUCGUUAGCGCUACCACUCGUGAUCGUUCGCGCAGUUUGUCGCCUGUCGUUGUGAAUCACUACUCGAAUUCCAAUCCAGAAUUGAAAGGUCAGCCUGCUUUGAAUAAGCAGAACAACAAUUACGGUUCGGAAAAAGCGCCUCUUCUUCUUUGA